AUGGUUAAAGAACAAGUCGUUGACUUCGUCCUUCAUACCCUCAGUCAUUCAAUGGCGUUUAGCUUCCUGGACCGCAAGAAUACGAAGCUCAGAGAGUUCUUUAUCCUUGAACCGCUCCAUCUCUUCAUCCGUCAAAGCUCGAACAAUGGUGUUUUUGCCACCGUUGCCGCGCAUGGUGCCUUGUAA